GCCUGAAGCCUGAGGCCUAAGUCUUGAGUCUCAGAACUUGCCCAUCCUUUCAACCUGUUAAAUGAGUAGCACAUCGUGCAGCUCAUAUGUAUCAUAUUGCCCUGCUCAUCCUCGCUUUGGCACUUUUAGCGGCGACUAUACUCUCAUGGGCAUUGCCAUCGCCGAAUAACAGCGCACAUAAAGGUUACAUCGUCCACAACAAGGUGAUCCACAGCCGACUUCUCCCCAAGACCGCCUCGCACACCUUUACGUAUCCGACGCUCUUCUUCCUUGUGUCCUUGCGAGCGCUGGAAGCGCAUGCCUUGGAUCUCGGUGGUGGCUGGCUGUUCGGUUACGGGGGUUUGUAUUGGAGGACCACGGGCCUCAGGUCGUCGGCGUAUCUCGCAGAAGAGCAGUACAAGUCGAGCAUCGUGGAAAAGUUGAAACAAGUCCUCGGACGCCACGGACUGGAUCCCGCGGACCUCGAGGACGCGUGGAUGCUGACCAUGCCGAGCUAUCUCGGAUUCGAGGGUGUAAACCCCUUGACCGUCUACUUCUGCUAUGAACACGGGGGCGAGCCGUUGGCUGUCGUCCUCGAAAUACACAAUACGUUUGGCGAAAAACAUGUCCACGUACUUUCGGUAGGCCCGACAAAAGACCGGUCUCUUCCUAAGGGGUUUACCCAUCAAUGGACAUUCCCGCGAGAAUUCCACGUUUCGCCAUUCAAUGAUCGCUCCGGUUACUACUGCGUAUCCGUCAACAUGCCCAUAGCGCCGACUUCAUCGGUAACAGAUACCCCACCGCCUGUACCAAGAGUGCGGGUGCUCUUGCACACUUGCACAGGCCGCCUAGAGGACUCUGUAGGGCCUGUUAAGCUUGCAGCCUUCCUAACGCCAUCAGCUUGCUCACCGUUGGCGUCCGGUAAUCUACUAUGGUCACUCCUCCUGCAGCCACUCGCCCUCGUCUCGUCUAUGCCUCGGAUCUUGUACCAAGCAUGGCUCUUGCACUACAGGAAAGGUCUCAGGGUGUAUGCGCGACCAGAUCCUUUUCCUGCAACAGACGGCUGGGCGGAGGAAACACGUAGAGGAGGAGGCGUAGGGUGGCAGCCUGAGACGUGGGUUGAAGCCUUCGCGAGGAGAAGGGUCGAAGUGUUCCUCCAACGCCGUGCGCGCGAAACCAGUAUUAGUGUGACCCUCCUCGCUGGAAACCCGGCCGUCCCUAGGAAAGAGUUCAAGCCCGAAACGACAAUAAAAGAGCCUCGCCACCUGACGAUUUCGUACCUGUCGUCCGUAUUCUUCACUGCCAUCUUCGCUGCACCCUCAUUCGCGCAUGCUCGGCUUCUGUGUCAGUCUUCCCGCUGCUGUCACGUCUCUUCCGAAGGUCUCUUCCGAGAACUAUUUGCAAACACCGGCAGCGGCGGCGGACAGCCCCCGAGGGGCUCAGCAACCGCGUCCCAGAGGCUCCGGAUGCUUCUGCUCCCAAAGCACUUGCGAUACAGUCGUCUGGAGCUCGUGGUACCCAAGCAGCACCCGAUCGAGGCAGUCAGGAGAGGACCGCUCUCGUGCACAGCAACUAAUUUCGUGCUGCUGAUUUACAUCAUCUCGGAAUGGAUCGAGGCAUGGCUGUAUCGGACAAUCGGAGCCGCAUUCGUUGCCGGGCAAGAGCCGUGGAAAUUCUGGGGGAGAGCGUUUGGUACCGUAGGCUCCGGGGAGGGCAGUAGCGAGGAAAAUGAUUCAGAAUAUAUUUUGGGCAGCGUGCAGAGGUAGCACGUUGGUAGAAUUGAAAUGUAAAAUGCGGUGGAAAGCCUAAAA